AUGCAUCUCAUGUGGUGGAGUGGGAGAGGCGCGCGAAGGCGUCAUGGUCUCACGGUCUUCAGCCUCGUGCUUCUCUUCGUCAGCCCCAUAAGCGCGAGCUUGGGCGACCGAUUGCCAGAGUUCAAGAGCUGCGUCAAGGACUGCAAGGAGGUCAAUUGUGGCAGCGAUGGGUCGUCGAUACCCCUCCACCACCGCCUCCUCCUCUGGACCUGCCCCUCCGAAUGCGACUACACCUGCCAACACAUCACCACCAACCACCGCCUAGCCCGCGACCCGCCGUACCUCGAGCCCAUCCUCCAAUUCCACGGCAAAUGGCCCUUCCACCGCUUCCUCGGCAUGCAAGAGCCUGCUUCCGUCCUCUUCAGCCUCUUCAACUUCCUCGCUCAUGACUAUGGGGUGCGAAAGAUCAAGGAACAGAUACCCGCGCGCUACCCGCUGCGGCAUUACUACCUUUGGUUUGGAUACUUUGGUAUGGCGAGCUGGGUGUUCAGUAUGUUGUUUCAUACACGGGACUUCAAUACGACGGAGAAGCUGGAUUAUUUCGCUGCUGGCGCGAGUGUGAUGUAUGGGCUCUACUUCGCUGCUAUACGGAUCUUUCGGCUGGAUAAGCCUGAUACAUUCGGAGCGAGCACAAAGGACACUUCGGCGACGGUGCUAAGGCUGUGGACAUAUCUGUGUUCAUCGCUGUACCUGUUGCACAUUGGGUACCUGACGUUCAUCAACUUCGACUACACAUACAAUAUGGCCGCCAACGUGGCGCUCGGCGUCAUACAGAACAUCCUCUGGACCUGGUUCUCCGUGACGCGAUUCAGGAAAGUAGGACGACUAUGGGCAGCGUGGCCUGGCCUGAUCGUGGCUUGGAUCGUGCUGGCGAUGAGUCUGGAGCUGUUUGACUUUCCGCCUUGGUGGGGUAUGGUGGAUGCGCAUGCGCUGUGGCAUCUGGGGACGGUCGGGCCUACGAUCUGGUGGUACAGUUUCCUGGUCAAAGAUGCGCAGGACGACCUGCAGACUGCGAGGCUGAAGGCUUGA